AGGUAUCACCUAGCAGUAAACCAUGGGCAAUUUCAAAGGGCAUGCCCUCCCUGGAAGCUUUUUCCUUCUUUUUGGCUUGUGGUGGUCAGUGAAGUAUCCACUGAAGUAUUCCUGUCGAAAAAACAAGAAUGCUUGCUACCUUGGUUCCAGGGCAGGAUUUCAGCGCCUGGAGUUUGUUGAGGGGAUUAUCAAAGCUGUCUUUGCCCUGAUCGGAAUGGUGGCUGAGCAGUUUGUUCCUGAUGGACCUCAUCUGAAGCUGUACAAUUAUGAGGAAAAGCACUGGGAUCACCUCAUGAACUGGCAACAUGCCACCAUGUACCUCUUCUAUGGCAUUUCAGGGUUGGUUGACAUUGUGGCUCACGGGACCAAUGCAUUGCCAGUGGCCAUGGACAGGAUGAUGCUUUCUUUAGCAGUGUUUAUUGAAGGUUUUCUCUUUUGCUACCAUCUUCAUGGGAGAGCCAUGCUGGAUGUUCAUGUUCAUCAGUUACUGCUGUUUGCUAUCUUUGGAGCUGCUGUUUGUAUAUUUCUGGAAGUUUUCUUCCGUGGCAGUAUUGUGCUAGAGAUGCUUCGUACAAGCCUCUGCAUAUUACAAGGCAGCUGGUUCUGGCAGAUUGGCUUUGUGCUUUAUCCCCCAAAUGGGAGCCCAGAGUGGAAUCAGAUGGAUCAUACCAAUAUGAUGUUCCUGACCAUGUGCUACUGCUGGCAUUAUGCCUUUGCUUUUCUUAUACUUGCAGUGAAUUAUACAAUUGUCAGCUGGGCAGUUCGUUCAAAGGUUAAACAGUCCCAGUCCAUGGAAAUGGGAUUACUGAAGACGUCUGAAAGAGAUCAGGAAUCAGAAGAUGAAAUUUAGUAUGGAUAUGGCUUGACUAGUUUACCUGCUCUACCAUUAGGCUAACUGAUACCUCAUUUAUAGAUUCUUUUUGACAUCUUAUUCAUUCUUUACUACAACUUGCUAUGCAAAUAUCAUCCAUGAGUACUGUCUACAUCGGCACAGUUACAUCUUUAUUUGUGGAGGGUAAGCUUGAUAUUGAUUUGCAGCAGUUGCACUAGUACCUUGCUUACCACGUGCUUCAAAGAAAACCAGACUAAUAUUAGACAGACUUGGACUGGAUAAGGUGGCAUGAUGAAGUCUGUGUGUUUGCCUCAUUAAUAGCUAAGCAAAAUG